AUGGGGCGCUACACGGGCCAGACGUGCCGCCUGAUGUUCAUGCUGGUGCUGACGGCGGGCUUCUUCGUAGCCGAGCUGGUGUCAGGCUACGUGGGCAACUCCAUCGCGCUGGUGUCGGACUCGUUCAACAUGCUUUCCGACCUGAUCGCGCUCUGUGUGGGCAUCUCCACCGGGCGCGUCUCCCGCCGCCGCCGCCGCAGCCCCGGCGCCUCCUUUGGCUACGGCCGCGCCGAGGUAGUGGGCGCCCUCAGCAACGCCGUCUUCCUGGCCGCGCUCUCCUUCACCAUCCUGGUGCAGGCGGUGCAGCGGCUGGCGAGCCCCGAGGCCAUCAGAAACGCCGAGCUCAUCCUCAUCGUCGGCGUGCUCGGCCUCGCCGUCAACGUCGUGGGGCUCCUCGUCUUCCAGGACUGGGCCGCCUGCUGGUCCUUUUGCCUCCGCAGCAGCAGCAGCAGCAGCAGCCCACGAACUUCUCCACCAACACCAGAGCCGCGCCUCGAUGACGGUGGCGGACACCUCCGGGCCACCCCAGAGCCCAGCUCAGCCGCCCUCGAGGGGGCCGCGGGAGGGGCCAGCGGCCCCCACCAGGAGGUGGAGGAGGCUCACAGCAUGGAUGAAGCAGGUGACAACAUAAAUAUCCAGAGAAAGCCUGAAGAUGUGGUGAUACAGAAAAAAGAGAAAAAAUCUGAAGCCUUGAACAUUAGAGGUGUUCUUUUGCAUGUAAUGGGAGAUGCUCUUGGCUCAGUGAUUGUUGUAGUCGCCGCUUCAAUAUUCUAUGUGCUUCCUCUGGAUGAGAACACCCCAUGUAACUGGGAGUGCUACAUUGAUCCAAGCCUGACCAUAAUUAUGGUGUUCAUCAUACUCUCCUCAGCCUUCCCACUUAUCAAGGAGACAGCAACAAUCUUGCUGCAGAUGGUUCCCAAGAGUGUUAAUAUGCAAAUACUGAGUAACAAGCUGCUAGAAGUGCCAGGAGUCACCAGCAUUCAUGAGAUGCAUGUUUGGGAGCUUGUUAGUGGGAAGAACAUUGCCACCCUCCACGUGAAAUGUCACACCACUUCUGAUUAUCUAGAUGCUUCUUACAAAAUGAGAGAGGUGUUCCAUGAAGCAGGGGUCCAUUCAGUGACCAUCCAGCCAGAAUACACUGACCAUAAGAGUCCUGAAGUCCUGUGCAGUGCCCCGUGCAUCUCCAAGGCUUGUGAUCCUCAACUGUGUUGCAGUCAGCAGGAAGCAUUCCUUGCUCAGGUGAACGGCUACAAUGAAAAGAACUGCAGCCUUUCUCCGUCUUUGCAGAAAGCCUUCCAUAAAAAAGACGUGGUGGAAAUUCCCAUUGAACCCAUGUGGGCUGAAGAAGCUGUCAAAAAGGACAGCUGCUCCAAGCACAGUUACAAAGAAGCAGGCGAGCCCAAGCCAUAUAUAAGCAGCACACGAUUCUAG